AUGGAAAAAAUACAAGAUGAAAACUCUAAUAUCCCCGCUUCUAGCAGUUCGGCAAGUAACAAUGACAAUUGUUUUUUCACAUGCGGUAUAUGUUUUGGAAAACUUCCAUUGGAAAGGAAAUUCAAUGGAUGCUGGCAGCAUCCUUAUUGCACUAAUUGUGUCGCUAAGUAUAUCGAAGCACGGGUGAUUGACGGCAACAUCUCAGAGAUAACAUGCCCUAAACUCAACUGUAAAGUCAUGUUGGAUACUUCAUCGUACCAGUCAAUUCUCCCUCAAAGUGUUUUCGAAAAGUGGUGUCGUGCUCUUUGCGAAUCAGUAGUACUUUUAGAUGCAUCAAAAGGUGGGGUGGCCUAUGGAAGAUCUUACUGCCCUUAUCCAAAUUGUUCCGAAUUGGUUUUGAAUGAAUGUGUUGGAAAUUAUAGCUCGGGUAAGAUUACAGAAUCAAGCUGUCCUAGUUGCAAAAAGCUUUUCUGUUUCCACUGCAUGGUUCCAUGGAAAGAGAAACAUCAGUGUAGUAGCAGCGGCGAGAUUGUAAUCGACGUCGACAGAAAAGAUGAUUCAUUGUUCGUGGAGAUUGUUAAAGAGAAGAGAUGGAGACGGUGCCCAUCUUGCAACCAUUACGUUGAGCGCAGGGGGGGGUUGUAA